UUGGUAUAGACCAAGAACUGUGCAGUAGUUCCUACUGUUGCCUGUGUCUGUAUCUGGGCAUUUUUCUGCUGCAAGUGCAGCGUCUCAGUCGGUGUCUGUGCCUCAGAAGGACUGCGCUGCUCUAUGCCCUACAUUCCAGUCAAAUGUGACUACACAGGAGACAAGUGCGGACUCCGUCAAUGUUUCUCGGUUGAGUGUGCAGAAGCGGAGCCUGGGUGAUCUGCAGUGCUGCCUGUGCUCGAGAUCUGGGAUCUUACCCCCGUGUAGCUGUAGGAACACAAAGGAUGCUGUGAUCAGUCGUGAAUUGUGCUCUGUUCCCAGAGCAGGAAGGAUUAUAGAAUGAAUGGAAGGCAAAGCUCAGAGCGGCGAAUGAAGAAUUUCUUCUUUCAACAAUGAGGUUUUCCUCCCUCCAAGACUUCACAAGGUCCUGGGAAGUGAGGGGCUUUGGCCCAGAAUCUCUUUGACCUCCCUUUUCUUUGGGGCAGCUCCUGGGAUCCCCAACCUGCUGCAAUGGGUGGGUUAUAAUCACUGGUAAUGAGGAGCACUGGGGUCAGCCCACCCUGGAGAUGCUGAAAAGAAGGGACAUUCUGGCUAUUGUGCUGAUCGUUCUGCCCUGGACUUUACUCAUCACAGUGUGGCACCACAGCACUCUGUCCCCGCUGCUCACUGCACACAAGGAAGACGGGAGUGAGGGUCGGAGGGAUGGGAGCCAAGGCUCUGAUUCCAGGGAAUAUUGUUCCUCUGACCGGGAUAUUGUAGAGGUUGUGAGGACAGAAUAUGUGUAUACACGGCCCCCACCAUGGAUGGGGAAUCUGCCUAUUAUCCAUGUCAUUACCCCAACAUACAGCAGACCAGUGCAGAAAGCCGAGCUGACACGCCUAUCCAACACCUUACUGCAUGUACCCAACCUGCACUGGAUCCUGGUGGAGGAUUCCCAAAGACGCACUCCUCUAGUCACCAGAUUGCUUCAGGAUUCUGGCCUCAACUAUACGCAUCUCAAUGUAGAGACACCACGUAAUUACAAACUAAGAGGUGAUACGCGUGACCCACGUAUACCUCGUGGAACAAUGCAAAGGAAUCUGGCCCUGCGCUGGCUCAGGGAGACCUUCAAUAGAAACAACAGCUUACCAGGGGUUGUUUAUUUUGCUGAUGAUGAUAACACAUACAGCCUUGACUUGUUCGAGGAGAUGAGAAAUUCACGGAAGGUAUCAGUGUGGCCCGUGGCUUUUGUAGGAGGUCUGCGAUACGAAUCUCCAAAAGUUAAUGCAGCUGGAAAAGUUUUUGGAUGGAAGACUGUGUUUGACCCACAUAGACCGUUCGCCAUAGACAUGGCUGGCUUUGCUAUUAAUCUUCGUCUCAUCCUUCAACGGCCACAGGCUUAUUUUAAAUUAAGAGGGGUUAAAGGAGGUUAUCAAGAAAGCAGCUUGUUGAGAGAGCUUGUGACUCUAAAUGACCUGGAACCCAAAGCUGACAAUUGCACUAAGAUUCUGGUGUGGCACACUCGGACAGAGAAGCCAGUGCUUGUAAAUGAAGGGAAAAAAGGGUUCACGGAUCCCAAUGUGGAGAUCUGAGAAAAGUCGAGCACAGGGACUGCUUGCAGGCAUGGUACUUUACAUUCUUUGGGCCUAUUCUCAGCCUGGUGGAUCAAGAGAGUGCUUUUGGAAGCACUUUCUCCAGCACUUACAUCCACCUUCCCCUGCCCCGCAGCUUGCACGGGACUCCAUGUGUAUGUAAUUUUAUCCAAGAAGCACAGCACAUGUGAGGGAAUGAUGGAGAUGGGAAGGCAUGAAGAACCCUGUUUUAUAGUACCACAGCUUAAUCCAUGGUGUUCUCUGGCACUGUUCGAAUGAUAUAGAAAUAGAGCAAAACAUAGGGAAGCCAGAGGUCUAGUGAUCUAUCUGCCACCUGCAGGAAGAUGUGAGUGAAUGCCCCCGCUCUAGUGUACCCACUUUUGCAGAGCAACAAUAGGAUCCGGUACUGAAAGUGGGUUACAAGGCUCUGCUUGACAGGUUCCACUGCAGGGAGCCUGGUGGUGUAUACAGGAUACCGAAUCAAAACUGCACAAUGCUGUGUGUAUCACUGUUGUUUGCAUGCUCACUGAAAAUAAAGAGCAGGGGA